AUGGCAACCGCAACCUGGGCCUGUGCUCUGCCGAGCUCUCCAGGCCAGAAAGAUCAUUGCCGUCGACAGAGCAGAGCCGACACGGGUUUGCUUGAGAUCGACGCAGUGCAUCCGCAAAGCAGGCGCACGGAGCUUCAUGAUCGCCAUGAGGCCACAUGCGAAGGCCUGCAAAAUACUGCGAGGACUUCCCAGCAAUGCCCUUCCGACAAGGGUCACCGCAUUGGCACCCUCCUGAAAGGCUUACACAGGCUCUUGCAGCGCUUGAGCCACCAGGUGCGUCGCACCGUGUUGGAAACGCGAUUCACAGAAGCUCAACGCUAUGACUUCGAACGCUGGAUGCUGUCUCGCUCCGUUGUCUCGUGCAGAUCGCCUCUUCCGAGGACGCAAUUGUGUAAGCAGGAAGUGCAGAAGGACAGAAAGCAGCAUCGGAAGCCGUCCAAAGGCUCCAAGAAGGCUUCACUUGCGGCUUUGUGCAGACUGAAGAACGGUCUUCCGCAUCAGCCGGGACUGGUCGUCCACUCUCGUCAAGGUAGAGAGGAGCGAUACUACUCCGUGGUGCUGACUGUCGGACGCAUCCGCCUCCUGACCCGAGAGCAUCGUGAUCUUCAGGUAGUGAAAGCAUUUCAUGCAGCUUUGGUUGCCUUCAAGACACGCAUGGAGGGUGUUGCACAGGCUUCUUUCGAAGAGAGGUUUCGACAAGAAUUGAGAUUUUCUCUGGAUGAGCACAAGCUGAACCCCCGCGCCAUGGGUCUGCGCUUUUGCGUUUGCUUGGCUCCUCUUUGGGCCAGGCCGUUGGUGACUCCGCCAUUCCGGGCUGAGGGUGAGGCACUGGAGGCCGGCCUUCUCGCCUGGAGGCGCCUGGGAGAGGCCCGUGGCUGGGUGCCCCGCCGGGGCUCCGUCCUCCAGGUGCUCAGCCCGGAAGACAUUGCAGCUUCUUGGUCCCGCGUUCGUCGAGUAUAUCUCGAGGUCUUGGAGGCAGACGGCCAGAGCCUUCGCCGGGAGAGCGCCAAGCGGUUGAAGGCCGAGACUGCCAUUUUCCGCCUCAGCGAGCUGGAAGCAGCUCAAGCAGGCCUCCAAGAAAAGAGGCUGGAGCGGUGGAACCAGCAACAGAUGGCUAAGGAGGAGGCCUCGCAGCGCCGCCAUGCUAGCCUCUCAAAGCUACCUCGCACAUCUGCUGAGGACAGCGAGGCCGGCCGCCGUGGGCGAAACGGACGAAUCCUGGAGGAUGUGGACAAACUCCUGUACAAGUGGAUCAGAUGGUCCAGGUCACCAAUGCGCAAUUCGAGAAUCCUAGCUUUGGAAACCCGCGGGCGCAACGGACGACCAAUCAACGCGAGCAUAUGA